AUGGUGCUUCAGGUACACGUAGGUAGGGCUACAUCUGGCAGGACCGUUGCAGUGAAGUGUGCUCGAGAUGCGAAAGAAAUCCAAGCAGCGCGCAAAGAAGUUGAGUUCUAUCGAAGAUGCGCUGGUGCUCCUAAUAUAGUGAAGUAUGUCGGCAGCCGGCAUAGGGAGGCAACCGAUCAUUCUCCUGAGAGAUUCUCAUUUGCUAUGGAACGAGCUUUGUUCUCUUUGGAUAGACUCAUGAAGCAGGUCCGACAUCUGCAGGGGCUUCCAAAAGACAUAUUGAUAGAUCUACUAGUGGAUUCAACGUCUGCACUGAAUACGUUGAAAAGUCGAGGAAUUGCUCAUCGUGAUAUCAAGCAUCUUAACAUUCUUGUAUUUCCAGGUCCUCGGAGAGGACGAAAAUCGCAGUAUUUGUUCAAACUCUGUGAUAUGGGAGUCUCAAGCUUUGUCCAUGAGGAUGGUUUGAUGCAAACUCUAGUUGGCACCCCCCAUGCGCUGGUCAGUUCACACUUUAGCUUAUGAUG